UCUCAGGAACGGCUACACUGUGGAAGGAAUUUAGAACACACCUCUACCUGCCCACUUCCCACAGAUUGGCUGUAGAACUGAACAAUCCAGUUUCCUUUGUGCGUGUGUUUCAUUGAGGGGAAAAAUGACACUCCUUAAGACGUUGAGACUCCGGUUUACAACUGAAGAAAGCCUAAAAAAAUUAUUUUUUGUAUUUAAUCUAAAUACCUUUUGGCAUUGCCGCACAGGGCAUUCCUUCUCAUGAGAACCUUCUGGCUCACUGCAAAGAUAAUAAACACAGAAAUAAUGACACAUUUUGACCAUACAAAAAUUACUGUGUGAUAGAACCUCAAGCCUCACAUUUUCAGAAUCCCGUAACAUAUUAAUGGGGACCGAAGAAAUAUAUGUAUGUGUGACAUAUAUAUAUAAAUAAUAUAAUUAUAUUAAAAGUGAAGAUGCAAAGAUUUUGAACCAGUGGGAGGAUCUGUAGACCACAGCCUUGCUCAAGUUGGAACUUUUUCAGAUAAACCAUGAACUGGGGAGUUUUUCAAGGUCUUCUCAGUGGUGCGAGUCAUUUCUCUACUGCAUUUGGACGCAUUUGGAUGUCAGUAGUUUUUGUCUUCCGACUACUGGUAUAUGUGGUGGCAGCUGAAAAAGUAUGGGAUGAUGAACAAGGGGAAUUUGACUGUAAUACAAAACAGCCGGGGUGUACUAAUGUUUGUUACGAUUACUACUUUCCAGUAUCCCAUAUCAGACUUUGGGCCCUCCAGCUCAUUUUGGUUACUUGCCCAUCUCUUCUUGUUCUCUUGCAUGUGGCCUACAGAGAAGAUCGAGAAAUAAAACACAAGGAAAAACAGGGUGAGGAUAGCGGAAGACUUUAUUUAGACACAGGAAAAAAGAGAGGAGGAUUGUGGUGGACCUACCUCAUGAGCCUUAUAGCAAAAGCUUUAGUGGAUUCAGUGUUCCUCUACAUCUUUUAUCACAUCUACAAAGACUAUUCCUUGCCCAGUGUCGUCAAGUGUACAUUGCCUCCAUGUCCAAAUAUUGUAGACUGUUUUAUAUCAAGACCCACUGAAAAAAAUAUCUUCACCUUGUUCAUGGUUGUAACUACUGUUGUUUGCAUUCUACUCAACCUGUGUGAGAUAGGAUAUUUGGUGUCUAAAAGAUGUCGUGAGCGCCUGCUAAAGCGAAAUCAGUCUAAAGUUAUUGCAUAUCUCCAAAAUCAAGAGAUAUUCCAUGUCAACAAUAAGGUGAAUGAACAGAUAGACUUAAUGCCUCAAAUUCAUGUUACCCCACCUGAAACUAAAUUAAAAUGAAACAAUGAAUAUAUCAAGCCAACACCUUAACAUACUGACUGAAUAAACUGUACAAUGCACUAUAAUAUAUUAUUUUAGAUGUGUCAAAGUGUCAACUGAUUACAAGUCACAGCAUAAUCAUGACUAAUGUGCUUGAAAUAUCUUCAAAAACAGAUAGAAACAGGCUUUAAAUGUGAUGCUCAUGGGCAGGUGAACACAUAUUGCAUAUCACACUGACAUGAUACUGCUUUACUAUUCCUGUUCCAUCUUGUCUACAUUGCAUUUAGAAUACACAUCACAAACUGCCCUCCUGGGAAACAUCAUGGAGAGGUAGAUGGCCUAGCUGGGAGAUUUGCCAACUUGUGACAUUUUAUAACAUUCUUGACUCUCAUGUUUAAUCUCAUCAUCUAUUUAUCUAAAGGUUGCACUAAUAAACUUGAGAGAGUACAUUACUGCACAAAGGUCUUUGAACUUGGAAACACUAAAGUGUAACAGGUAUUAUACAAUUAAGAUUGGAGGUAUGUUUUAUACUCUAGUUAUCUACUCCAAUAAGAAUGACCAUUAAAGGAGGUGUACAACAACUAAACAAUUUCACGUGACAGGUGCUCCGCUCCAGCCCUGAGGGUCUAGUCCUCGUUGCCUUUGGUCUCUGGAAGUAUGACGUCCUUUUUGUCAUCAUGUGUACUGCUGCAGUCAAUCAAUGGCUUCAGUGUUAACGUGCCGCUGUGGACAGACCGGUGCUAAGGCCUGUGACUGGCUUUAGAGGUGCACGUAAGUACAGACUGGAUGUCACAGUUCCAAUCACCAGGAAACUGGAAGUAGUGGGGACGGGAUCCUUGGUACUGGAACAGAGGUGAAUGAGUAAGCGGCUUUUUAUUUAUGCUAAACACAAAGAAAAGUUACUUUGGAGGUCAGAUUACUUUUUAAUGUAAACAGCAUCUUCUAACACUAAAUAAAGGCUAGCUUUGUAGUCAUUAAAAAAACUGUGAUUAUAGUCAUAAAAAAUGUAUGUCAGCAAGGACAGCCUGCUCAUGAUGAUGUAACGUGAUUUCCAUUCUUCUCAAACUUUAUUGGAUCAUGGAAAAUGAUAAACUAUCCAGUGUUCUCUCCCAAGAAAAA